GGAGAAAAAGAAGCAACAAAAGCGAAAUGAAAUGAGGGAACUACAAUAAAUACUUAGUAGUAUUAUUAAGCGAAAAGCGCGGCGCGCUCACAAUGUUUCUGACUGCGAACGGCGGCGGUUGUCUUUUCAGCGAGUUGUUGUUUACAUUCCGAUAGCCGAUGGCCGAGAGACCACAACAAAUAGUCGCGAACAACAAAUAACAAUAACAAUGAAACAUGCAAAUAAAAUGCACGUAAGGCGCGGCGCAAAUGAAUGAUUUUAAUUUAAAUUUAACACACACGAUGCGAUGACCAUUUAAAAGAAGCAGCAGGAAACAAAAGAACCCAAGAAGCGCAAAAGAAAGGCCAAGAAAGUCAAAAAUCAGGCCAAACCGAUUUGUUUUUUUUUUUUGUUCUGUUUGUUUGUUUUUGUUGUGGUGUGGCUUCUUUUUUAUGCUUAAGAACAACAAAUGAAACACAGCACUUGAAAUGGAAUUUCUGGAGAACCUGUACAAAACGCUGCAAAGCCUGCUGUCCUCCUACAUCGAUUUGGAUUACUCGCUAUGGCUUUACCGCUUCCUCACCCCCCUGAUUGUCACCUUUCUGCUGCCCCUCGUCUUCGUGGCCCUCAUCUACAUUUCCUUUCUGGUGCUUUUUAUCUACAAGUUGCACAGGCAGGUGAUAAUGCGCGCGGUGCAGGGCGACCGCAACUUCUGGCGGGUCGGUCGGAAGAUUGUGGCUGCCAUCUGGGAUGCACACGCGCGGAUCUACCACGGCUACGAGGUGAUCGGCCUGGAGAACGUGCCGCAGGAGGGUCCGGCGCUGAUUGUCUACUACCAUGGGGCCAUACCCAUCGACAUGUACUACCUCAACUCGAGGAUGUUGUUGCAGCGCGAGCGCUUGAUAUACACCAUUGGGGAUCGCUUCCUGUUCAAGCUGCCUGGCUGGGGCACCAUUUCGGAGGCAUUUCACGUCAGUCCCGGCACAGUGCAAUCCUGCGUGAGCAUCUUACGGGAUGGCAAUCUACUGGCCAUUUCCCCAGGCGGCGUCUAUGAGGCACAGUUCGGGGAUCAUUACUACGAGUUGCUGUGGCGAAAUCGCGUAGGAUUCGCCAAGGUGGCUAUCGAGGCCAAGGCACCGAUCAUUCCUUGCUUCACGCAGAAUCUGCGAGAGGGCUUCCGCCAGGUGGGCAUCUUCCGGACGUUCUUCAUGCGGCUGUACAACAAGGUGCGCAUUCCUGUGUAUCCCAUCUACGGGGGAUUCCCCGUCAAGUUUCGCACCUAUUUGGGCAAGCCCAUUCCCUACGAUGAGAGCCUAACGCCGCAGGAUCUGCAAAUAAAGGUGGCCACCGCCAUCGAGGAUCUGAUCAAUCAGCACCAGCGAUUGCCCGGCAGCAUUUUGCUGGCCCUCCUGGAUCGCCUGCCCUCGUUCAGGAGACGCCUUAAGAAGAAGGACGAGUGAUCCACACCGAUGCCUUCCACGCACGUCAAUCCCAUUUCCGUUUAGAGUAUAGAGAGAUUAACAGAUUGACUUUGGUUCUGGCCAUAUAAAGACUUUGUUCCAUGUA